GCGGUUACUAUGACAGCUGUUGUAAAACACCACUACGAAGCAUUGUAGCCUUCUUGCUAAUCUAGCAGGCUGUUACCAACCAGCUAUAUUUUACUUACACAUAUUUUAAGUGUGUAUAUAUAAUAGCAGAAACGACCAUCAUUUACUACCAUUUAAUGGUGUUCGUACCCAUGUCAAAGUAUAAGACGUCUGGAUACAAGGGUUCAACCGACUCUGGCAAAAGCGAGGAGCAGGAGGGAAUACGUUGUGUGCGUUACAGAUGUGGCCAACUCAGCACCAUAAAGGAUGUCCUGCGCCAGAGACCAGGCUGGGUUGAAGUCAGAGAUGAUGGGGAGUGGGAUUUCAACUGGUGUGAUGUUAGCUGGCUCAGGGAGAAUUUUGAUCAUUUGUAUAUGGAGGAACAUGUAAGGAUAAACCACUUUCGCAACCAUUAUGAGCUGACUCGCAAAAACCUCAUGGUGAAAAACCUGAAAAGAUACCGGAAAAACCUUGAAAGAGAUAUUGGCCGCAUGGAGGCAUCCAGAUGGGAUUUUUUCCCCUGCACAUUUGCACUGCCCAGCGAGUAUCAUCUCUUUGUAGAGGAGUUCAAAAGAAGCCCUGGCAGCACCUGGAUCAUGAAGCCGGCAGCAAAAUCUCAAGGCAAAGGCAUUUUCCUGUUCAGAAAACUCAAAGACAUCAUUGAUUGGAAGAAGGAUGGCACCCGUUCAGAGGAACAGAAGGAUGCAGCUCAAGUGGAAAGCUAUGUGGCACAACGUUAUAUAGAAAACCCUUACCUAAUUAAUGGCAGGAAAUUUGAUCUGAGGGUCUAUGUGCUGGUCACAUCAUAUGCUCCCUUGAAGGCCUGGCUGUAUCGAGAUGGCUUUGCUCGCUUCUCCAGCAGCCGCUUCUCCCUUAGCAGUAUUCAUGACAAAUAUAUGCAUCUCACCAAUGUAGCUGUUCAAAAAACAGCACCUGACUAUGAUCCCGUAAAGGGAUGUAAGUGGCAGAUACAGCAGCUUCGAAGAUAUCUGACUGCAAAACAUGGUAGAGAGAUGGUAGAAACCCUCUUUAAAGAGAUGGAUAACAUCUGUGUCUGCAGUCUACAGAGUGUACAAAAGGUCAUUAUAAACGACAAGCACUGCUUUGAGCUCUAUGGGUAUGACAUUCUACUGGAUCAGAACCUUAAACCGUGGUUAAUUGAGGUGAAUGCCUCUCCAUCACACACGCCCAGUAGUCAAGAGGAUUACGAAAUGAAGUACAGACUGCUGGAAGACACUUUGAAUGUCGUUGAUAUGGAGGGAAGACUGACUGGCAAGGAGAAAAGGGUGGGUGGCUAUGAUCUCAUGUGGAACGACGGACCUGUCUAUAGAGAGGAUGUCAACCUAGAAACAUUUGGCAGCUCAUGUUUCACUGCCAACACACACUUGGGGUGUGUGAAUGACAGAGACAAGCAGCUUCGAAGGCUACUAAAACCAUUUCCAGGCCAGAAGAGGAUGUAAUCACAGUAGUAUUUUAUGUAUGCACAGAACAGACAUAACAUUAUGACCAAAAUAUAUAAAAGGACUGAAAACUGUGUGAGGACAAGUUAGAGUUGAUUUUUAAACCAAUUCAACAGCCUCCCUACUCUACAGCCUCUGAAUGGUUCUCUUCAUAGAGACUAAUGUACAACAUUUCUCGUUUUCAACCAUUUUACACAAAAGGAUCAGACAAAUUUUAAUCUUUUGAAAAGAACAAAUGGCAUUUAAAAGUUUAAUGUACAGUAGGUCGACCUCCUCAUCAGUGAG